UCUCCAGCAGCUGGGUAAAUGCUCGCAGAAUACGCGCGACAGAGUCGAUUUUUCGCAACGUAGCGAUAAAAUUGCCGAGAAGCCAUCAGUUAAUCGCUGUGGUGAAUGAACACAUCAUGUAUUUAACACAAUAAACCCGAAAAUGCUGCGUUUGUCUGUUGUAAAGUUGUGAAUGAUCACUGGCACAGGUUUGCUGGAGCUGUUGUUGAAACAGUGUAUCUGCAGUGAAUUCACAUCACUUCGUCCUGGCUCACCUUUCCCACAGGUGUUGGAGCAUGAGCGUGGGGUCGGAGUUCUGCUGCGAUGCGUGCUAUUGGGUGUAGGAUGAACCUGCCGGCAGUGCUAAAUGGCCUGCUGGUGUCAGUGGUGGCAGCCUUGCUUUGGAAAUAUGUUCGCCUGAUUGAACACACAUCACAGUUGGAAGAGGAGCUAGCGCUCACACGCCAAUCACAGGAGUUCUCACAGGUGCGCAUCGACUAUCACGGUGCCCUGUUAGCACUCCAAGAACAUGGCACCAGAAUGGUCUGCACUGGCAAGAUGCACACCGAUCGCAUCUGCCGCUUUGACUACCUCUGCUACUGCACGGAGGCUGAGGAGUUUGUAUUCUUCCACAGUAAUGCCUCUGUGAUGCUGCCCAACCUUGGCCCUCGGCGUUUCCAGCCCGCCCUGCUGGACCUCUCUUCUGUAGAAGACCACAACACUCAAUACUUUAAUUUUCUUGAGCUCCCGGCAGCGGCUCUGAAGUUCAUGCCGAAACCUGUGUUUGUGCCAGAUGUCACUCUAAUUCUGAACCGGUUUAACCCAGACAACCUCAUGCAUAUUUUCCACGAUGAUCUUUUGCCCAUCUACUACACAAUGCAGCAGUAUUCAGACUUGGAUGACGAGGCCAGGCUUGUCUUCAUGGAGGGUUGGGGUGAAGGUGCUCACUUCGAUCUCUACCGUUUGCUCAGCAGUAAGCAACCACUUCUCAAGGAGCAGCUGAAGACCUUUGGCAAACUCAUGUGCUUCACCAAGUCCUACGUGGGACUAUCAAAGAUGACAACAUGGUACCAAUAUGGCUUUGUGCAACCGCAAGGACCCAAAGCCAACAUUCUGAUAUCGGGUAAUGAGAUCCGCCAGUUUGCUUCAUUUUUGAUGGAGAGGCUUAACAUUACGCGAGAGGAGGGCGAUGACUACAUUGUAGUUUUUAAACGUACCACUAACAGGCUCAUCCUCAAUGAGGUGGAACUUCUUCUGGCUUUAGCCCAAGAGUUUCAGAUGAGGACUGUCACUGUGUCUUUGGAGGAGCAGUCGUUUGAUAGCAUUAUCCAAAUUAUUAGUGGGGCGACUAUGUUGGUCAGCAUGCAUGGAGCCCAGAUGAUCACCUCCAUGUUCUUGCCCCGUGGUGCCGCUGUGGUUGAACUCUUCCCUUAUGCUGUAAACCCAGAGCAGUACACUCCAUACAAAACCUUGGCCUCUUUACCUGGCAUGGACCUUCAGUAUGUCGCAUGGAGAAAUACCAUGGAAAAGAACACCGUUACAUACCCUGAUCGCCCCUGGGAUCAGGGUGGCAUCGUCCACUUGGACAAAGAGGAACAAGAACGUAUCCUUGCCAGCAAGGAGGUGCCAAGACAUCUUUGUUGUCGUAAUCCAGAGUGGCUUUUUCGCAUUUACCAGGACACUACUGUGGACAUUGCCUCUUUUCUGGACUUACUUAGAGAUGCUCUAAAAAAGCCUAAUCUUAAAAAGGCCAAGGUGGCUAGCACUGUACAUCCUGGUCGAGUCAGAGAGCCCAAGUGUCAGACAUCAGUACAGGCCACCAAUGAAGCAAAGCUCUCAGUGUCAUGGCAGAUCCCUUGGAACCUGAAGUACUUGAAGGUUAAAGAGGUGAAAUAUGAGGUGUGGAUCCAGGAGCAGGGAGAGAACACAUAUAUGCCUUACAUUCUGCCCCAUCAGAACUACACCUUCUCAGAGAACAUCAAACCCUUUACCACAUAUUUAGUAUGGGUGCGCUGUAUCUUUAACAAGAACCUCUUGGGCCCGUUUGCAGAUGUUCUUAUAUGUAAAACUUGAUUUAGCAAUCAAGUUAAACGUAACACUGUUACUGUCAGCUAGUGUAGAAUUAAUUUGAAGAUUAAUUCUCAGGAGCUAUCCUGAAAAUUAAACUGUGACACGGGUGAAUUGUUUUCGACCUUGGUAGUCAUUCUUGUGACUUGACUGUUGUUCAUGGUCCUUAUGGAGUGUCAUGAACUGAUGGAGAAUGAAAGCCCUGACUGCAAUUAAGGUUAGAAGGGAAUGCAGUUUAUAGAACUGCCAGUCCUUUUAGAUUUCCUAUUACCAUCCAAACAAAGUUCUCUAUUAAUUUAUUUAUCAGAAAUGUAUUAUGUAAUUUAAACUCAUAUUUAUAAGUUCAAGACACUGGUUUUGUCUGACGCCUGCUUUUGUUAACUGAAAUAUUGCAUACAUUUCUGUGGCUUAAGUGAACUGAUCUGAUUUGUAUGUGAUUUUGUUAGUGUGCUCUCUCUUGCCCAAGGUUUUGUGUUGUAUUUUUCAUUGCGUUUAGUUAUAAUGAAGAAUUUGGGGGGGUUAAAAAUAUAGUAUGAAGUAACUGUAAGAAAAUACAAGAAAAAAGUAAACGUUGUACUGUACAUUGUACUAUUUUAAAAAUGGGCUGCUGUUUUCUAGCUUGGAUUGAUUAGUUUUCUGCAUCUGGAGUGUUGAUGUUUCCAUUUUCUUUUUUUUUUCUUUUUAUAACUAGCCUCAAAACCACUGAUUAUUAUUUACCUGUACUGUUCAGUAGGAAAUAUUUGAAUUUGUUUGCCAGUGAGAUCUAUCAAAUUCAUCUCAUUUUUGUAAGGUUUAUAGAAUCACAUCACAGACAGAAGACUUCAGUAGGUAGCACCUGAUGAUUGGAAAUAGUUUGAGAUAGUGUCAUGAAAUUCUAAUGUUUCUUCUUUGUGGCAUGUCGGUAAUUAACUCUGUGUUGAGUAAUUUGGAAUCUCUAUGUUAAGAGGGGAAGUAUAUUUGGUGGUAGCGGCAUAGUGGGCUAGUAGCAGAAAUAAAUUAGGUUGAAACCUUGGAAAGGCAGAUUCAUGAACUGUAGAGUUACAGAGUAACUGGCUAAAAGCAUUUGCUAAACAGCCACUAAAGGAGUAAAAGUACUUCCAACCUUUUAUGACUGCAUACGCCUUACAGAAUGCAAUAUUAAAGUUCUGAAGAUUACUAUUCAUAUAUGUAAAGAAACCACUGUUUAUAUGUGCUUCCAAUGUCCUGUCAUUCAACAAAUGAGCAUAAAACCAUAUCUAUACAUGCUUUAGAGAAGGAUAAUUCCGGUUUCUAUUGUUUUUUUUUUUGUUGUUGUUUUUUUGUUUUUUUGUUUUUGUUUUUAGAUGUUGUGCACAUGCUUCAUAUUAUGUCACAUCUGCAUAUCUGCAUUUCUGCAAAGAACAAGCUGUGUUGUGCUGACUUAUGGAUUAUUGAGAAGAUGGAAACGUGCUUUAUUUCUGCCAAUUAUUUAUUGAAGAAGACUCUGGAAAGCUAUACAUACUGUAGCCCCGAUUUGUCAAAGGUUGCACUGUGUAUUUGAUUUUUUUCACUGCUGUGAUCAAUGAAUGGAACAUACGAAAUUCAACAACCAACCACAAGCUUUCUUUCUUUGUGUUGUUCUGAAUGGCCUGUCAGGGCGCCUGUGUUUUUUUUUUUUUUUUUUCCCUCAGUGAGGUUUUAUUCUGUCCUUCGAUUGAGGACAUUCUGCAUCACAUGGAAAUAAAUUUGAAUGAUCCUAAAACAGAUUAAACCAAGAACAUUUCUAAUUGAAAUUCGGAAACGGCAAACCUCAGCCAUGCAGUUUAUUAGCAUAACUCUGUGUUUUGAUGGUAAUUUUAUUCAAGUAUGAGGAUAAUAAAUGAAUUCUGUUUGUUAUACAAAAUAGCAGAAAUGUCCUUUGCAUAAAUUCAGAGAGAAAAGCAACCUAGCAUGUAAAUCUGUCUUGCCUACACUCUGGGGUGAGAAACAGCUGUCUGUGGUUGGAAACUUCUCAGAUUCCGCAUUCUCUCAUUUCAAUCAUUAGAUGGUAGUUUUUUUGUUUUUUUUUAAAUACAUAGAUAUAUAUAGAGAGAGAGAUAUAUAGGAUUGCAGGCUUGGGUCCUGUAAACUGUCCCGUUCCCUGUGCCAGUUCAUGAGAUUUACCAUUAUGUGCCACUGGAAUGCCAUAUAUCAUUUUUGUCAGUUUUAUUAAAUGGACAAUUUCUCAAAUGUCUUUGUGAUGUCUUGUUAUUUAACUUGUAUCAUUUAUCAAUAUUAUUAUUCAAUGUUGAUGAAUUUGUCUUUCAAUUCAAUAUCUUGUAAACAUUUUCUAAACCUUUAAGAAGUGCUGGAUUAUUAAACUGAAAUGUGUAACAUGGACUGGUAAAGAGCUUCGAUCC